AUGACAGGCCUGCUCCAGAUGGAGUAUCAGACCCUACUGAAGGCAGCCAGGGAUAGGCUGCGAUGCUGCCAGGAGAGCCAGGCCUUUGGAGACACCCUCCAGGGAGUUUGGGUCUGGCUGGAGGAGAUCCAGGAGCGACUGGGUACUGUAGAUAGCACAAUGGGGACCAAGGAGCAGUUAGAGCAGCGGCUGGAGACUGUGCAGGACAUCCUGCUUUUGAAGGGAGAAGGGGAGGUCAAACUGAAUAUGGCAAUGGGUAAAGGCGAACUGGCUCUGCGUAGUUAUGGAGCUGCUGGACAGGAAGUGGUCCGCUCUCAGCUACAGGAAGUGGAAGAUGCAUGGGCCACACUACUUGUCACUGCUAUGAGCUGCCACAGCCGACUAGAGUGGACUGUGUCCCAGUGGGGAGGAUACCUUGAGACUGCUGCCCAGCUGCAGGGCUGGAUGGAUACUGUCAAGCGGGAGGUAUGUGCCCCUCUUACACCUCAGCCAGGACCCAGAGAGAAAGCUUCCCAUCUAGAAAGACUUAGAGCCCUGCUGGCUGACCUGGAAGACCACCAGAUGGCACUCUCCAGCCUGGAAGAAAAAGCCAGAGAACUGUUCAAGAAGACGGGGGAUGCCAGCUUUAACCAUGGUGCUCGAACGCAGCUGCAGGUGCAGUUUGAUGGCCUCACAACUUUGGUAGAGGAGAGAGUACGUCUGGCCCAGGCAGUGGUGUUGGAGCACCAGGACUAUCUGGAGUCUGUUCGGGAGCUCACUGAUUGGCUGAUGACUACAGGGGAGGAACUGCAGCACUGGUCUGAUACAUCAGGAGACUCUAUUUCCAUUAAAAAGAAACUGUCAAAUGUGAGGGAGCGUGUGGAGUGUCGACUCCUGGAGGGCCGAGACCGCCUCAGCCGGGUGCGUCGCAGCGCAGCGGCCACAGCGGAGCACACGGCGGCAGGUGGCUGUGAGGCUAUGGAUCGACAGCUGGGGGCGCUGUCACAUGCUCUGGAGCAGUGGGAGGGGGCCGCCCUAAGGGCCAGGGAUGGACUGGAGGGGGCCCUUGCUGCUGCUGCAGCUUCAGAAGAGGAAUACGACCGUUUGACUGCCCGUCUAGAGGACGAGUUAAAGGAGUUUGACAGGUGUCUGAGGAGGUGGAGCCAGGAGUUGAUUAAAGCUGAAGGUCGGAGUAACGGCGAGGAAGCGGUGGAGGGAUGGCAACUGGCUAAGGAGAUCCUGGAGAGCUUGCAGAGCGCUGAGCCGAUGGCAGAGAAGUUGAAAAGCCAGCUGAAUGAACUGGUGCGAUACUCCAGAGACCUGGGCUCGCAAUCAGACCGGGUCACUGCGCUUAUCAAACACCACAACAGUCUUAGCCUUCGUGCAUCCAGGGAGUGUCAAAACAAGGAGCGUUUAUUGGAGCAGAGGUUCCGUGCAGCCCUGAGAGACUUCCAACAGUGGCUGGUCAAUGCCAAAAUCAGCACAGCCAAAUGCUUUGAUGUGCCGCAGACUGUCACAGAGGCCUCCAUCGCUUUGCAGAGAAUCCAAGAGUUCUUGAGUGACAGGGAGAAUGGCCAGGCCAGACUGAGUACAGUAGGAGCCAGUGGGGAGCUGCUGAUGGCCGUAGUGUCCAAGGAUAGAGUGGAGGGAAUCAAGGCCAAGGUGGUAAACACCAGAGAGGACUGGAAGAGCCUGAUGAAUAACUUGCAAAUGAGAGAAGAUGCACUCAAGAAUCUGCAGUCCCAGAUGACAGAGUUUGAGGCCAGCGCUGAGCCUCUGCAGGACUGGCUCAACAGCACAGAGGUCAGAGUUCAAGAGAGCAGUGCUCGGCUUCACGACCUUCCAGCCAAGAAGCAGGAGCUCAGCAAACUACAGUGUGUACUGGAGGAGAUGGCCGGUCGGGAGGUAGAGCUGAGCAGGCUGAGGGAAAGAGCUCAUCAUCUCUGGGAGGGACAAGCAGCCGGAAAGGGCUUCGUCCACCGAGUCUCUCAGCUGUCAGCACAGUAUCUAGCCCUCAGCAACUUAACCAAGGACAAAGCCUCCAGGAUUGAGCGCAUCGUAGGGGAACAUCGACUUUUCUCUCAGGGACUUAAAGAGCUUCAGGACUGGGUGUGUGAAGCACAGAGGAUCAUCAAGACCUGCACCUCCACCACUGCAGACAAGGGCGUGUUAGAAGACCGCAUGUUACAGCUGGAAGCUUUACUGGCUGCCCGUCAGGAGCGGGAGAUCCAGCUAAAAAUGCUGCUAACACGAGGAGAAGCAGUCCAGAGGAAUACUUCGGCUGAGGGGGUCCCAGUGAUCCGUAAACAGAUUCAAGACCUCAAGGACUCAUGGGACUCAUUGCUUUCUGCCUCCAUUAAGUGUAAAAGUCAGCUGGAAGGCGCCCUGUCGCAGUGGACCAGCUAUCAGGAGGAUGUGGGACAGUUUGUGCAGUGGAUGGACCGGGUUGAAGAAACACUCAGCUGCUCAGACAGACAGUACUCUGAGAUGAGAGACAAGACUGCAAACCUGGGGAAGACAAAGCUUCUUUAUGAAGAAGUGUUGAGCCACAGCAGUCCUCUGGAGACUAUUGCCACUAAAGGUUCCAACAUGGCUGAACACUACACAACUCAGCAGGAAGUGCAGCAGCUGCAGUGCAGAUACAACACCCUCAAAGAAAAAGCCAAGAAUGCAGUUAGUAAGGCGAAGGAGCUGGUAUUAGUCCAUCAGGACUAUCAAAGGGGGUUACAUGUGUUUGAAGACUGGUUGGAGCAGGAACAGGCCUCUCUGGCAUUGUUGUCUCAUCCAGAGGGAAAUGUGGAUACACUUGAGAAAACACUGCAGCAGCUGCAGAGCCUGCAGGAACACUGUUCAAAUGGUCAAUCGUUGCUCGCUUCAGUGCUAACCAGCAGAGAAAGAGUAAUCCCUUGGGGUAUACCUCAGAUCGAGGAUCGAGCCCUGGAUACUGCUCAGCGAGAGUGGGCGGCCCACCAGAGCCGCCUGGAGGAGACCCAGGCUCAGCUGCGCUCCACGUUGACCCGGCUGAGGCAGAUGGGUCACAAGUUCCUGAGCCUGGCUCAGUGGUUGGAGGAUAUGGAGAAGGUGGCUAACAUCAGAAGUAAUCGACGGUCAGACAGAACCACCAAGCAGACUCAGCUUAAGAAACUCCAGGGGGACCUUGAGGCAGUCCUCACUCGGCAGGGAGAAGUGGAUGGCCUCUCGUCUCUGGCCCAGCAGGUUUUGGAGGAAACCUAUAUCAGCAGUCGUGUCAGUGUUACUGCCACCCAGCUGACUGCUCGCUACCAUUCCCUGCUGCUCAACAUACAGGACACUGUUAAGCAGCUGCAAGAGGAGCUAAAGAGCAUUGACGAAGCAGAAAACCUUUGCACAUCCUUCACUGAGUGGCUAACCUCAACUCAGAAAAGCUUCACAACAUUAACUGACCAUUCUGAAUCUCUGGAUCGGGUCGCCAUGGAGAGGAAGAUGAAGAAACUAGAGGUAUUGAUCCAUCAGUUUGCAUCUGUGCUUUAUUUCUUGAUGUGGUUAGAUGGCAAAGUAUUUAAAUGUAAUGUUAGGUUGAACUUAGAGUAUAGGGGCCAAUAUUCAAGUCAGCAAAAUAUUUUCAUCAUACUGCCUUGUGCCAUACAGGUUUCUAUGUCUCUGCAGUCUGAGCUCCAGCAUGGUCACAGUUUCCUGAAGUCUCUGAGGGAGCGUGCAGAGCAAGCAGCAGGCUUCCUGAAUGAGGCUGCAGCCGAAAGCUUAGGAGCAGAGGUAGAGUCACGUCUCUCCCAGCUGGAGGAGCUUGCUGGGGGACUUAGACAAGAGCGCAGCUUCCUGGAGCGUGCAUUACUGCUUGCGAAGGAGUUCCAGGACCGGUACAAGGCCCAGGCUCAAUGGCUUGUAGAAACCAGGGCUUUGCUCAGCACUCCAGUGGAGCCCAAGGCUGAACUCUACCAGCGCAGAGCACAGUUGGCUAAGUACAAGGCUCUUUUACAGAUGGUUCAGUCCCAUGAUGGAUCUAUCAGGUCAGUGAUGGAGAAGGGAGAUGCUCUGCUGGCUUCUGUCCACUACCCGUCCAUUAGAGACAAAAUGCACAAACUGCAAAAGGACUACACUGGACUCUGUAAUGCUGCAAUGGCUCAUGUGGAGAAUCUGGAAGGCUUGGUGAAGGAACAGGAAGCGUACCACAAUGAACUCCAGGAAGUGGAACGCUGGCUGUUGCAGAUGUCCAGCAGGAUGGUGACUCCUGAUCCAAGUGUGAGUGGCAGCCUGGAGGCAGCAACUCAACAGCUGGCCAGGCACAAGGCGAUCAUGGAGGAAAUUGCAGGCUUUGAGGACCGCUUGGCAGGCCUGAAAGUGCGAGGAGACCACCUGGUACAAGGCUGUAGUGAGCGUGUCCAGAGCAGGCUGAGACAGCAGGUCCAGGCUCACCAGCAAGGCACCAGAGACAGCUACUCCGCCAUCUGUAGCACAGCGCAGAGAGUAAAGCAGGAGCGAGCCCUCCAGGAACAGGCCAGCACUUACCUCCAGCUUGUCUGUUCAGCAUGUGACCUGUCAGAGUUGAGGGUCAGGGAGACUGCAGCAGCUAUCCAGCAAGUCAAACUACAGAUUGAGGAGCGCAUGAUUCUAUGUGAAGAGGUAUCUGACAGCUGGAGGGAUAUUGAGGAGCAGAAGGCAGAUCUGGAAACCCAGUUUAGAGAGACAGAACAACAGCUUCAGAACCUGAUCAGAAGACCUGCAGAGCUGGAACCCAAGAUUGCACAGAACCUGCUGGACAAGGCACAGGAGUUCCUUCAGCAGAUUAGGGAGAGACAAUCUGAGGCAAGUCAUUUGACUGAAGCCAUCAGCAGGUUGACGAAUGGACAGGUCUGUCCUGCCCUGGAUGAGAUAAGGAGGCAGAAAAGAGCCUGGAUGGACCUGGGCCAGCGGGCUGAAGAGCUGGAAGCCCAGCGAGGGGAAGACAUGCAGCGAAGUGGAGAAUACCAGGAGAGUGUGGUCGCUGUGGAAGAACUUUUCCAUCAAGUAUCCAGGGAAUGGGACUACCUAGCCAGGGCUGACACAGAGAGUACAAGUGAGCACCUAGAGGCUUUGAGGAAGCUUGCCAGCGAUCUGGAAGAGCAGCGAGAAACUCUGGAAGACCUUAGGGACCAGAGACAAGCUAUCCUGCCUCGACUUAGCCUGCUCGACAAGGAGCUGGUCAAACAACAGGUGGGUCACCUGGAGCAGCGCUGGGCCCAGCUAGAGUCCCUCAUUCUGCAGAAGAUUCAGGAUUCGGCUCAGACACUGGAGGAUCUUGCUCGGGUGGGAACCCAGCUGAGAGAUGCCAGAGAGUGGGUAGAGGAACAGCGACCUGCACUCACCUCUGCACUAAAAACCAGCCCACCACCUGAUCUGGCCCAAAGUUUCCUCUUUGACCACCUGAGCAUAUGUGUAGAACUGGAGGCCCGCCAACAGCUGCUUGGUCAGGCAGUAAGCGAAGCUCAGGCUGUGGCCUCCAGGCUAGGGCUGAGUGAGAAGAGAUGUUUACAGGAGCUUGUCGAACAAGCCCAGAUGGAGGUGGAAGCACUUGGGGCCCGUGUUGCCCAAAGGAGGAAGUACCUCAGUAAGGCAUUUACAGAGCGAGCACAGUUCCUCCAAGGCCUGGGGAGAGCUUUGUCAUGGGUGCAGCAGCAGGAGAGGAAGGCUUUGAUAGAUGACCACAUUGCACUCCUUCCAGAGGAUCUGGCCAAACAGGUUGUUGCAUGUCGGGGUGUCCAAAGCAGCUUACGAGCUUACCAGAGGGAACUGGCAUCCCUCUGGGUACAAGGCCGAGAACUGGAGAAAGAUGCCACCGACAAGGAGAGAGCAGAAACGCUGGCUAAACUUGAGGAGCUACAGGCCACCUUCGAGACUGCCCUUCAAAGGACCACCCAGCGUCUCACAGGCUUAGAGAAAGCCUUAACCUCCAGGAAAUACUUCCAGGUUGACCUGGACAAGACCUGCCACUGGUUAAGACGAGCAGAUGCCAUAACAUUUCCUGAAAUUGAUUUCAACAGUGUUGAUGAGAGCUCAUAUCUGCAAACACAACUGUUCAACUUUCAGAGUGUCUUAGAACAAGCUUCAGAGUAUGAAAACCUCCUUCUUAUUGUCCAAAGAAUAGGCCAGGAGAUCCUCCCUACUCUGAAUGAGAUUGACCAUUGCUACCUAGAUGAGCGCCUCAAUGCCCUGCCUCAGCAGUACAACGCCAUCCUAGCUCUAGCCAAAGAGAAAAAAGACAGAGUCCAACAGAUAAUCUUGGAGAGAAAAGAGUUUAGCACUUUCUUUGAUAUUACUCAUAAUGCACUGGAGGAGCUUCAGGAGCAGUUUGACAAUCUGGAGAAGCAGACUAUCAAUAUUAGAGAGGAUGAAGUUGUUAGUUUAAUCAAUGAGUACAGAUGUUGUGAUAAAUGUUUAGUCCAUAUCAGCCCUGCCGUUGGAGAACUUCAUGGAAAAAGUGAGGGAUUUCUCAGCCGGGGUCAGCAAUACAGAGCUGAGGAGACUCAGCAGCUGGUCACUCUCCACAAAACACUGAAGAGGAGAAUUGAUCUGAAGAUUAAACAACUAAACGACUGCUUGAAGAUAGUAAUAGAACAUAACAGGGUGUUAUCAGGAUUAGAUGCACAGUUUAUGUCUGUAAAAGAAGAGCUGCUCAGACUAAAAUCAAUCAAAGAAGUAAGUGCUUUAGAUAGAAUCACAAGUCUGUAUUCACUGCUGGAAAGUCUGGGUGGACUUUUCUCUCAGGUUGAAAUAUGUGAUCAGCAGACUAAAAAACUGGAUCUGAAGUUUGAUGCUGCUGCUGUUCAGGAAACUGCACAGCACCUUGAUUUGUUGCAAUCUCUACAGUGUGAUGUUAAGCAUUUUGUGGAAGAAAGUGAAACGGCAGUCAUAAAGGAUGAGGAUUUUGCAAGAAAGGCUGAGAGAAUGUCAGACUGGUUGAAAAUCAUUAAGGACAAGCUGAAGGAGCCUUUGACCUUUUCAGAAGUGAAAACUGAGAGGAUCUACGAGGAAGUGCAGAAACUGAAAGUUAUGGAGGAAGAAGUGAAAAGUGUAAAAAAACUGGUUGAUGUAAUAGGUGUCAGAGAAAAGCAAAAGCAUGAAAGUAGCAAGGAACCUGUUCCAGCCCACAAAGAAGAAAAACUACAAGAGCUGGAAAAGCUGGGAGCUGAAGUUCAACACGAAAUUAGUGCCAAACAGUCCAUGCAAAAAUGGCUGGACUCUGCUGCUGCUUUGCUCCAUCGGGCCACCUCAGGGGUGGAGCUUGACAACUACACAGACUGUAUGCAAGACCUGGAAGAAACUUUAGUCCAGGAGGAUAACUUUGCAGCUGCUUUAGAGGAACUGAAGACUUUGGAUCCCCUGUUGGUUGAUUUUGUGGAGGCAGGUGUGAUGAGUGGGCUCAGAGAAAAAGCUCAGGCAAUGCAGCUGAAGAAGACGAAGGUCAAACAGCAAGUCGAUGCUUACAGAGAAGUGCUGCAGAGGUGUGGCGCUCUAUGGAGCUCCUUUCAACAUGAGAGAGAGACGCUGGUUGAACAGCUGAAUGACUCAGAGAGCAAGAUGGCCGUGUUUACCACAGCUAAAGCCGUCAGCAUCCACGAAGCAGAGGAGAAGUGUAAAAGACACAAGUCUCUGGUGGCUCACAUUGACAUGCUAGAGUUGCCUCUAAAUGCUUUGAAAGAAAACUCAACAGACUUGGAGCAAAUCACCUCUGAAUCUGGCAAAGCUGUCACCAGUCACGUUGUGUCGUCACUAUGGCAACGGUGGACAAGGCUUCGCAGUGUGGCUCAAGCCCAGGAGAGGGCACUGGAGGACACUGCGAGAGAGUGGAGGAACUUUAUUGAGAAGAUGGAGAAGGUGCGCUCUGUGUCGAAAGACCUCCACAGUCGUGUCCCAGACAGCACGGUUGAGAAGGCAGCCACCCGGGCGGCACUUCAGAGCCUCCUGGAGUACCACGACUCCUUCAACCAGGAGGUGGAAAGGGAGCAGUCCAUAUUAGCUCUCCUGGGGCAGCAAAGUCGUAGUCUUAGAGGAGAGGACGAGAGGGAUGAGGUCAUGGAGAAAAAGACAGAGAAUGGACACGAGGAGAACCGAUAUCUGCAAGAGAUCAGAAACAUGCAGGAGCAAUAUGACAGUGUGUUGUUGCAGGUGCGGACCAGCAGGUCUCAGGUACAUCAGGAGCUGAGGGAAAGAGAGGAAGUUGAGAAGGAGCUGGGCUUAGUCAAAGGCUGGAUCCAGGACACCCGAGGCUUAUUGUUGAGUCCCACUGCAGACCUAGAUUCACUGUUGCAAGAGCUAGAGACUGCACAUGGCGAGGUCAUCAGCAGGCGCCAGAGUGUGGAACGCAUGACGGAGCUGCAGCAGUCCAAGUAUCAAGAUCUUCAAGCUGGUCUGCCCUCUGAGCUCAGCAUGCAGCUGGCUGAGGUGGCAUUGGCUUUGGGCUCAGCUGAAGAUCAGGUGCAGGCAAGGGAAAGGGAAGUCCAGCAGACAAGAGAUGUGAAAGAGGACUUCAGCUCCAGACUUCAGGACAUCGAGACAAAGCUUAAGACCAUAGCUAUAAAAUUGGAAGACAAGGGUUUCGACCUGGAGGAGGCCAAAGAAGAGACCAAAGCUCUUUGUGAAGAGUGUGAAUCCUGUGGUUGCUCUCUGGCAGAGUUAGGAGUAGCCGUGCAAGAGUUUGGAGAGCAAAACCCACUGCUUUGCAAGCAACUAGGUGAUGCUGUGGCCAAACUGACGGAGGUGCAGCGCCACACAGUGCAGCAGGCCCAGGACAGAGCGGAGAGGCAGGUAGAGGUCUAUCAGAGCAUGAAGACUUUCAUUUUGGGCUGGAUAGAAAAAGCUGAAGCUCUGAUCACUGGUAAUAUCAUCUGGAGCUCUGCGUCCCAGCUGCAGGAGCAAAUUCGAGCACACCAGGCGCUGCUACGGGAGUGUCGAGGUCUCCAUGGUGAUUUGGAGGCCAUGGGGGAGAGGGAGGGGCAGCUGGCGGAUGUGUUGCAGACGGAAGGAUGGAGCCAGCAGGUAAAACACCUUAGCAGAUGCACAGAAGAGCUGCAGCAGUCCGCUAAGACCCGCCUCCAGAGUCUGCAGGAUGCAGCUAAAGACAUGCUGCGUCUGGAGGCUGAGGUAAAGAGCCUUCAUGCUGCUGUAGAUCAAAUCCAGGUCACACUUGCUUCCCCUGAUCUCAACAAGCUCAGCCUCAGGGAGCAGCUCACACAGAGACAGCGUCUCUUGGUGGAAAUGGAGGGCUUUAAACAGCAAGUGGCUGCAGUGCAGCAGUGUCAGAGCGCCCUCCGGCUACCAGAGGAGGUAGUGGCCAGUCUGCCAAUCUGCCGCACAGCUCAGACUCUGCAGCAAGAGGCCAGCCAGCUGCAGCACACCACCAUCCAGCAGUGCAACAUCCUGCAGGAGGCCGUGGUACAGUAUGAGCAGUACGAACAGGAAGUGAAGAACCUGCAAAGAUUAAUAGAAGAUGCUCACCGCAUCAUUCAGGACCGGCCCGUCUCCACCAAUAACAUACAGGAACUUCAGGCUCAGAUACACCACCAUGAGGUAUGA